GCUACCAGGCUGAUCUCGAGGGUGUGCUGAUACGAGAUUGAAUAGUGUAGUUGUGCGUAAUUGUUUUGUUUUUUUAAUGACUUCCUCAUGGUGCGUGUGUGAGUCCCAUUUCAUCAUCACCUGAGGUUUUCAGAACACUACUGGAGGGACAACCGACAGCUCAGAUUGCCCUGCACCAUGAAAAUAACUGAAGUUCUGCUGCUCUGUUGCUGCUGUAUGCUAUUAAUACAGAACUGUGAAGCCCAAGUUUCAUUUUCCCCGGAAGAAACCGCUCCAACGCCCUCAGCCAGCAACUGCAUGUGUGAACUUGGCCACGGAAAAUGUGCUGAAAAUGGUGACUGCAGGUGUGAUCCGGGGUGGGGUGGACCACGCUGUGACGACUGUGUGCGGAUGCCCGGUUGUCUCCAUGGCACCUGUCAUCAGCCCUGGCAGUGCACCUGCAUGGAUGGGUGGGCGGGGCGAUUCUGCGACAAAGACAUUUAUGUGUGCUCCAGAGAGCAGCCAUGUCAGAAUGGUGCUACUUGCGUCUUGAAUGAGUCAGGGGAAUAUAACUGCUUGUGUACUGAAGGCUUUCAUGGACGGAACUGUGAACUGAAAACAGGGCCUUGCCAAAAGACUAAAUCCCCAUGCAAGAACGGUGGUCUUUGUGAGGAUCUGGGUGGUUACGCUCCAGAAUUGUCUUGUCGAUGCCUGGCUGGCUUCACGGGGCCUCGCUGUGAGACCAACAUGGAUGAUUGCCUAAUGCGUCCCUGUGCCAAUGGUGCCACCUGUCUGGAUGGCGUGAACCGCUUUUCUUGCCUGUGUCCUGCUGGUUUCACCGGCCGCUUUUGCACCAUCAACCAGGAUGACUGUGCCAGCCAGCCCUGCCGCAAUGGAGGACGCUGUGUAGAUCGAGUCACAAACUUCCAAUGCUUUUGCCCUCCAGGUUACACUGGAAGGACUUGCGAAAUUCCCCUCUGGGAGACGGGAUCUCCAGCGGUGUCUCCAAAUAGGGAUGGGUCUAGAAGGGGUGGGCAAGACAGUGUUACCCAGAGUAAGUCUCCUCCAGGGAAUGACUCUCGAGGGACAACCGCUAAUGGUGAUGAGCGACACCUCUUAAAAAUUUCAGUGAAGGAGGUGGUGACUCAACAGGGUGCUGCUGGACUGUCAGAUUUGCAGCUCAUUAUCCUGCUGGUGUUGGGGGGCAUGACUUUGGCAGUGGUGGCACUAACAGCUGGUCUGGUGCUAUGUGGACAUUGCCAGGACCGAUCUGCUCGCUGCCAGUGUAGACCACCCCCCACACACCAUUACCCAUUCCACCGAUGUCGCACACAGAGGCAGCACUCUGUUCCUGCUCAACAGGAAUGCAAGAUCAGUUUUCUCGAAACUCCAGCUCCAUCGGAGCUUGAGAAGAAGAGGCUAAACACGGACAUCAUUUAAGGUGCUGUCACUCUUGGUUCGACUACAUAGUCUGAACACUUGCGUUUGAUUCCACCCUCUUCCUCUGCCCGCUCUGGUCUCUUUUCACAUUGUACUUUGGGGUCCGAACCGCAGUAUGAUUGCGCCAUCAAUGUGAAUACUAGCAACAGCAGUUUAUCACUGUUGCUAGGUAAUGACACAGAAGGAGAAGACACUAGCUUCACUAUUCUAUUUAUGUUGGUGUCUUUUUGGAUUUACCUCCAAAACUUUACAUGCACAGAAAAGCACUUCGUUUGUUUGUAACAGAUGCACGGAGAGAUGCAAAGAAAGCCAGUUGCCGCAUGAGGGCAUUUUAAACAAACACAAGCAGCUAUGAGAAUUGCAGUGUGAGCGGGAGCAUGUAAACAUGCAAAAUACACUUCAUUAAUAGCAAUUCACUUCUGCAGUUUAGGAACAGAGUUCAGAUGAACCAGGCCACCUUUUCAAGUGCUGUUCACUGGUGCGCACCCAAGUUUGGAACACUUUCGCACAAAAUGAUCGAACCAAACUCUGACACCAAAUGGAUUUGAGAUCUGUACCGCUUCCACUUGAUUUGCGUCAAAGCUGUGACGCGCUGCUCAACGCCAGCAUCAAGUGCUGCUACGACCUACAAAUAAGAUUGCGCAAUUGUGUUUGAUGAAGUAAAAAGUCUACUUUUCACCUCGAUGACCAGUUGCAUGAGCGGUCACUCGCAAGCUAUACACAGUACAGAUGAACAAGAGAGUUCGUCUUUGGACACUGGUGGUGAUAAUCCAGAGGGAUUACACUAAACAAAAGAACCAAACUAUUUUAAUUAAAUCCACUAAUGAGGCACAGACUGCUUAGGGAAUAUUAAGUCAAUUAAAGUUGAAUGGGAAUGAUAACAGAUAGCUUUCUCCAGGUUUAUUAAAACUCCCAUGAUAAAAAUCGAUUUUCCCAAUACAAUCAAUUCCUGAUAGAUAAAAUAAAGUCCUGUCUGACCUUUUCUAGUUGAAUCACCUGUGUCACUCUGAAAUAUGACAUAAGUAAUAUCAGUUGCAAAUUUCGAGUUGACUUUAAUGUAAACGCUACUUGGGAACUAUUUGUUGAUAUGAGGUCACUCUGUACUGAAAGAGAAUUUAGCACUACAUGGGCUGCAUGUAAAAUAAUGAAAAAGCACUCACACACAAACACAAUGCGUUAAACAAAUUAUGUACUGUAUGUAUAUAGUAUAAUCAAGCCACAUUACUAGAGAAGCUCUUCAAUUUAAUUCCAGAUGUACUAAUCUAACGAUUUGCCAAAAGCAUUUCAUUUGUUGGAGUUGUCACAGUGUUCAAAUGAUAAAAUAUUUAAACGUUACUUACUAUAUGCCAAGUUAGUUUAUUUUAUUUUUUUAGUAUUUACUGUUUUAUGACAUACUUUUAAAAAAUGGGAACGAUGCUGCGAUGCUUUUUCCAAGCAUAGAUAGCAAUAUCAAUACUUUUAUGGGAAUGAUUUGUGAUACAUAAUUAUACAUAAACAACAGUAUUUGUAAGUGUAAAUAUAAUUUAUUUAUGUAAUUUAUUGGUAAAAUGUAUAUUUGUUUUUUUUAUGUGUAUUUUUUCUACAGCUCUGUGUAUUCAAG